AUGGCUCCAUUUCUGACGGCCGCCUUGGCCCCGAGCAAUGGCCUUCUCUUUCCAAUUGUCGCUCUUUGUUUGUCCCUGCUGCUAUGGCGCUUUUGGAGGUUCGUGAUUCGUCCAAAGCUUCGUCCGCUCGACCCUAAGGAGCUUCCAUAUUGGAUUCCAAUCGUCGGACAUGCUGCUGCGUUCUUCAAUAACUCCUACGUGUUGCUGAGAAAUGGCGACAAAUAUUUCCGUGGCUCGAAAGAGUCAUACGCUGUAGAAGUCAUGGGGCAGACCAUCUACGUGGUGACUUCCGCCCGCGACAGCGCCGAGAUCUACAAGAACACCGCCACGAUGUCCUUUGAGAUAUUCGUCCGCAAAUUCAUUCGAAGUUGCGGAGCUAGUGAUGAGCUACUGGACCGACUGUACGGCACGCCUCCUUCCGUCGCCGGCGAUGUUGAGAACAGGUCACUCGGCGAUAAGACGCAUGACUUUCACGGCAUGCAGCUCUUCCCGGGUGGGCAUCUGCCGGAGUUCACGGCUAUCUUUAAGGACUUCCUAGAGGACGCGGUGCGGAUGGAUCGGCUGCCGGGAAAGCGUUAUAUCACGGCGUCUGGGGAAGGCUGGGUGAAUCUGAGACUGAUGAAGUUUGUCUCUGAUUAUUUUGUGGACGCGGGCCAAAGGACGUAUUUUGGUAAUCUUCUGGGAGAGAUUGACCCGGAUUUGAUCUGGACAUUCCUUGAGCUGGAGGAUCGAAGCUGGCAGAUUCUGUAUGAGAUUCCUGCGGUAUUUGCAAGGAAGGCGCAUGCGGCGAGAGACGGGAUUAUCGAUGCUAUUCAGAAGUGGUUCGAGACGCCGCCUGAAGAUCGGCCGGAUGGAUCGUGGUGGAUGACCACGAUGGAGGCAGAGAUGAAGGCAUUAGGGUUCAACACUCGCGAGAUGGCCACCACAGUGGUUCCGAUUUAUAUUGGGAGCAACACCAGCACCCGGAAAGCCUGUUUCUGGCUUCUUUCUUUCCUUCUCUUUAACCCUCAGCUCAUUGACAUCAUCCGCGAGGAGACUAAACCCGCGCUGGGCAACGGCCCCGUGGACCUCGAAUACCUCAAGAACAGUUGUCCCCAGCUCAACGCUAUCUGGAUGGAGACCCUGCGCAUGGCCACUUCCGCCGCAUCCUUCCGCUUCCUGACCGAGGACACCAUGGUCGGCAACAAGCUACUCCGGAAGGGAAACCGGGUGCUCGUGCCCAGUCGCCAACUGCACUACGACCCAGACGCGUUCGGCGACGACGUCCAGGCCUUCAACCCGGAGCGGUUUUUGACGGGUAACAAACUGACCAUGGGCCGGAACUGGAAGCCCUUUGGCGGCGGAAAGAACCAGUAUCCCGGGCGGUUUGUGGCUCAGCAGCAGACGUUCUUGUUUGUCACUUUGUUGUUGCAUCGUUUCGAUAUUGAGAUGCUGCCUGGUCAGAGCUUUCCCAGGCCCAAGAAAACAGACAUUAUCCGAUCGCGCACCGGUUGCCAAGGCUGUCGCGAACGCAAAACCAAGUGCGAUGAGCAAAAGCCGACAUGUGGGACAUGCACUAGGCUGGGGAAAGUCUGUCGUCGAGAUCGAGAGUUCAAAUUCCAGGUGACAACGGGACGUGCAGAGGCCGCGGUUCCGUCCUCCACAAGUCAAACGUCCGAGAUGACAGGCUCGGAUGGCAGUGCCUUUGCAGAUCUUGAUCUGAUCAGGUCCCUUCAGCACACUGAGAGAGAUAUCUUCUAUUCCACAUACUGGGAAUGUCAAUGUCUCCCGGCUCUUCAUCCGAUCUUCCAUUCCAUGUCUCGACUCAUCGCCGAAAAUGGGAUGCUGAAGGAUGCCGUACUGGCCCUGUCAUCCUGCAAUCUAAGCCGUCUGCAUGCGGAACAGAGAACUCAGUCAACUACUUCCAUGGGUCUCUUCAGUCCCAGUCUCGUCCACCAGACGAGAAGCCAGCUCUACUACUCCUCGGCUAUCCGGCGAUUCGCAUCGUUGAAUCAGCUCGAGUAUCAAGCCAACGCUACCCUCUCGCUGACGGUCCUUGUUCUAUUCGCAUACAUUGAGUCUUCAAUGGGGAAUUUCCACGGCUUUUCAUGCCAUGUCCAAGGUCUGUCGGACCUGUUCAUCGACAUUCAUGACGCAGUUCUCAGAACCACUCUCGCCCCUUUCCUAUCCGCGUGGAUGCAAGUUCGCUUCGUGGUCUGGUGGGCUCGAGCCUACUUCAGCUCUAUCGAAGUGCAUCAACAACUCCCGUCUAUCGCCUUACCCCCAGCGCUAAACACACCCUAUACCUCGCUCCACGAGCGACGAGUCACGAUCCUCAGCAUCAUGUGCGAAGCCCAUCGAAUCACUUUCCAAACCGCGCUCAAACACUGGUCCAGCGAUACCACAUCCAUCGACCCCAAUCCCGGCGAGGCCGUCAAUACUGAAGUCCUCCUCGCCGAACAAUCCCACCGUCUCGACGAAUGGCUCUCCCACCUCCCUCCAUCUGAACAACCUAUCCCUCUCGACUCUAAUACCCCCUCUCACACACCUCAAACCAACCAACCCAUCAUCUUCCCCUCCCACGACGCAGCCCUCAACUUCGCCUACUCCCUCAUCGCCCGCAUAAUGACCUCCCCAUCCUUUCUCACCACUCUUCCCUCUGCCAACCCCACCCACCUCGGCCAAGAAUGCUCCGCCUCGAAACCCUUCCUGGUGAUUCUCCUCCGCGUCCUAGCAGGAAUAAGCCUCCGCACCUCCCUCGUCCAAAACACCUACACAAUCGGCUUCUCCAGCCUCCUUCUCGCAUCCCUCCUUCGGUGCCAAGACCCCACACUCGGUCUCGAAAUCCAGACCUGGCUGCAGAAACUCCACGAUGUACAUCCGACAGAGGAGGGUGCGUUCCCGGUCUAUCAGGCGCUGAGGGUCGCGCGAGCUGUGAAUCGUCAGAGAAGUGAGCAUGGGUUUGAUGUGUUUGCGGUUAGUUUGCCGGUCGAUGAUGGGGGUGGGUGGCCGAAGUUUUCGGCGUACAAUAGUCAAAGGAUUGAGGUGUUGUUGUUUCAUGGGAAGUGGAGAGAGGGUGGGAUGUUGGGGGUUAUGAGGGUAGGGGUUUGA